AUGGCGGACCGUGCCGGCGUGCUCGCGGCCCGUCCUGGUGGUGCGGACGUGCUUGCUCGCCCGCCACUGGCGCGGCGUCUGGAGGUCCGUGCCCACCCUCCGCUUCACCGGGGCCAAGGGGUGGGGCAGCGCCGACAUGUUCGCCCAAUUUGUGGACCACUUGCUCCACCUCAGGAUCGGCUUGAUAGUUGUGGUGCUGGGAGAAGAGAUAUUUGUUAUGGUUGUUAUUAUUAUUAUGGAGAUCCUGGACAUGGGCCUCAUUAUGACCGCAACGACUGCAUCUUUCUCAAAGGUUUAUCAGAAGCCACAGACUUGGAGUUGUCAGCUGAUUCUGUUGUGACUGUUCUCAACAGGGAUUUGAAGUGGUGCCCUACAUUUACCAAGUUAAAGACUUUGCUACUAAAUGAUUGGUGUUUGGCUGCUGACCACAAUGCACUAAUUUGCUUUCUCCAACACUCACCAAUUUUGGAGAAGCUUACCCUUCAACUUUCUGAGGGACCUUCAUAUGUAACUGAAGCAGAAGGAAUAUACAAACCAUUGGGACAGUCAGUUGCAUCCAACUGUCUUAAGAUUGUUGAAAUCGAAUGUGCAAAUGUUGAUAAAAAGGUUUCAAUUUUGUUUGCACUGGUUUCAGCUAAAACUAGAGGUACAAAUGACGUCAUACCGGCUGACGGCAAGAAGCUACCCACGUUCUCAAGGCGGCCAACUCCACCGGAGGAGAGGAGCUGCUCAUGGUCGUUCACAAGGCCCUUGUUGCUGCUCACCAUCGUCCCAAAGCCCUGUCCCUUUUGUACUCCAUACCACUCCUCUGCUAAACAAUUUCCCGUGGCUCGUGAACUUUGUGGAGAGUUAUUCUAAUUUUCUGAGUAUGUGAUAAAAUGGAUGCAUAUCAAUCUUAACAUUAGGUUCAGUCUACGACUGUCCAUUCAAGCAGAAAUAAUAACACGUCUCUGAAAAGGCAAAAGCUCACCACUAAAAAUUCAGAAUUCAUGCACAUAAUAAACUUUUCCUUUGUAAUUUUCAGAUUUUUUUUUUGGGUGUGUGUAUGCCCAUCUGUACUCUAUUUUUUCUUUGUGUGUGUUUUCUUAUUUUUCCAAGACAAACUGGACCUUCAUUCAUCAUCCGAAGUAGAAAGGUGAACAUGCCGUAGCCGGUGAAAACUUGCAA